AUGGCCAAAAGUGAAAAGCAAAGAAGAAGUUUGAAGAGUGAGGAGUUUUUCUUUGAUUCCGACGCGUCUCUUUUGGAUCAGCAGGACUUGGGGAUGUCUGGCUGUCCUUUCGAUGACGUCUUCAACUCCAAAGACUCCCACAUGGAGCAGAUCAACACUUUUCUGAAAAACGUUCAGGUGUUGCUGGAGGCUGCUAGGUUUCUCGAGAGCUCGGAUCGGAAGGACGGAAAAUGCACCGCGCGCAAACCAGCCUUCCUCCUUUAUGAGCCCGCCUCCCAGCUGAGCUGCCUGGUAAACAAACAGGAGAGGAGAGGAAACGGGCAGGAAGAGGCAGUUUUACAUCAUUUUGACGAGUCUUUUCUGGCGAUAAAGGCUGAAAAGAGCGACAUUGACGGUGGCCAGCCUCAGGAAAACAUGACGGCCGUCCAGCUAAUUAAUAUCCAACGGUUACUGGAGGCAGCAGAGUAUUUAGAAAGGAGAGAAAGAGAGUGCGAACACGGAUAUGCUUCGACCUUCCCGUCAAACCAGAGCACAAACUACCAGAGGCAAAGAAAAUUCCGAAACAAGAAGUUCAGCAGUAACCACAACAGAGACGUGAUCACGAUGCCCCCCCCGCGACCGGACGCGUUUCAGUUCGUGACGGGGCUCGUUUUGUUCCCACUUGACUCUCGCAGCCCUCGCAAACCAACAAAAGCAGCGUUCGGGGGAGCGUAG